AUGGCACGACUUUACUCGUCAGCAUGUGUCGCGUUGAUCGCGUUGAUCACCCUGUUCCAGACUACUCAGGCAGUCAAGUUUGAUAUUGCGGGUCAAACGGCCGCAGAUGCUCUCCCAGUCUGUAUUUCGCACUACAUUGAUAGCGAUGUGGACUUUGUUGUCAAGGUCCGCGUUAACUCUGGACCUCACCAGAAGGUUGGAGUCGAGAUCACGGAUGAUAGCGAACACUUGAACCAGAUUUGGAAGAAGGAUGGAUUGACGGAAGAGCUCCAGCGUGCCAGCUUCAAGAGCCAGUAUGCUGGUGAUGUUGUCGCCUGCUUCACCAACGUCCUCACUGAAGGAUACAAGCCCGACCCCCGCUACACGCGCACGGUCGAUAUCGACUUUGACAUUGGAUCGGAGACGAUCGACUACGCAAAGUUGGCCGAGGCUGAGAAGUUGAAGCCUAUGGAGCUUGAGCUCCGCAAGCUCGAGGAUAUGGUCAAGGACAUUGUCGACAACAUGGAGCAUCUCCAGGCUCGCGAGGAGAAGAUGCGCAACACCAACGAAUCAACAAACGCUCGCGUUCAGUGGUUCUCGACCUUGACGAUGGUGAUCUUGGUCAUCUUGGGCGUGUGGCAAAUCUUUUACUUGAAGCGUUUCUUCCGCAAGAAGAGACUCAUCGACUAA